AAACUCUUUGACCCUUGACCUCUGACUCAGGAACGAACAGACACUUGACAUUAGUAAUAUAGAUGAUGUUUCAGAUAUAGAUUUAUUAAAGUAGGUUUCAAUCUUAUCGCAAUCUUCGCAAAACCAUUUUGACCAUAUUUGCAAUUCUAUCAACAAAGAUCUGUUUAUGCAUAAUUUUUUUUUUGUAAAUUUAAAUAGAAUUGGUAGUGAUGAAGAAGAUAAUGAUUCUGAUCAAGAAGAAAAUAAAGAUAGUGAAUUAGAAACAGCUGUAUCACGUCAAGAAAUAAAUUUAAAUCAAAAUGAAAUACCAUCAUCAACUGAACUUAAUUCAAAUGGACAUGAAUAUAUUGUGGUUCAUCAUUCAAUACAUGAUCAAAAUCCUAUUAUUGAUAAUACUGUACAAAACGAUGAAGAAAAAAUAAAUGAAAAUCAAAACGUUGUUGAGUCAUAA